CCAUGGCUGAUGAGCUGGCCGGGCACUUUCAAAAUGGCGGAGUGUGGAGCGAGCGGCAGCGGGAGCAGCGGGGACAGUCUGGACAAGAGCAUCACGCUGCCCCCCGACGAGAUCUUCCGCAACCUGGAGAACGCCAAGCGCUUCGCCAUCGACAUAGGUGGGUCGUUAACCAAGCUGGCCUACUAUUCAACGGUACAGCACAAAGUCGCCAAGGUGCGGUCUUUCGACCACUCCGGAAAGGACACAGAACGUGAUCAUGAGCCGCCCUAUGAGAUUUCAGUUCAAGAAGAGAUCACUGCUCGACUGCACUUCAUUAAGUUUGAGAAUACCUACAUCGAAGCCUGCCUGGACUUCAUCAAAGACCAUCUCGUCAACACAGAGACCAAGGUCAUCCAGGCGACCGGGGGCGGGGCCUACAAGUUCAAGGACCUCAUCGAAGAGAAGCUGCGGCUGAAAGUCGACAAGGAGGACGUGAUGACGUGCCUGAUUAAGGGGUGCAACUUCGUGCUCAAGAACAUCCCCCAUGAGGCCUUCGUGUACCAGAAGGAUUCCGACCCUGAGUUCCGGUUCCAGACCAACCACCCCCACAUUUUCCCCUAUCUUCUUGUCAAUAUCGGCUCUGGAGUCUCCAUCGUGAAGGUGGAGACGGAGGACAGGUUCGAGUGGGUCGGCGGCAGCUCCAUUGGAGGCGGCACCUUCUGGGGGCUUGGCGCUCUGCUCACCAAAACGAAGAAGUUUGACGAGCUCCUGCACCUGGCCUCGAGGGGCCAGCACAGCAAUGUGGACAUGCUGGUGCGGGACGUCUACGGCGGCGCCCACCAGACGCUCGGGCUGAGCGGGAACCUCAUCGCCAGCAGCUUCGGGAAGUCGGCCACUGCCGACCAAGAGUUCUCCAAAGAAGACAUGGCGAAGAGCCUGCUGCACAUGAUCAGCAACGACAUUGGGCAGCUGGCCUGCCUCCACGCGCGGCUGCACAGCCUGGACCGCGUGUACUUUGGAGGCUUCUUUAUCCGGGGCCACCCCGUGACCAUGCGUACCAUCACCUAUAGCAUCAACUUCUUCUCCAAGGGGGAAGUGCAGGCGCUGUUUCUGAGGCACGAAGGCUACCUGGGAGCCAUCGGAGCGUUCCUGAAAGGAGCCGAGCAGGACAAUCCUAACCAGUACAGCUGGGGAGAGAACUAUGCAGGCAGCUCCGGGCUGAUGAGUGCAUCACCCGAGCUCGGCCCGGCGCAGCGAGCGCGGAGUGGCACCUUUGACUUGCUGGAAAUGGACCGGCUGGAGAGGCCACUGGUUAACCUGCCGCUCCUCCUGGACCCGCCCUCCUACGUGCCCGACACGGUGGACCUCACCGAUGACGCUCUGGCCCGAAAAUACUGGCUCACCUGCUUUGAGGAGGCCCUGGACGGGGUAGUGAAGCGCGCAGUGGCGAGCCAGCCAGACUCUGUGGAUGCAGCCGAGAGGGCGGAGAAGUUCCGGCAGAAGUACUGGAACAAGCUUCAGACCCUGAGGCAGCAGCCCUUCGCCUAUGGGACCCUGACCGUGCGCAGCCUGCUGGACACCAGGGAGCACUGUCUGAACGAGUUCAACUUCCCGGAUCCCUACUCCAAAGUGAAGCAGCGGGAGAAUGGCGUGGCGCUGAGAUGCUUCCCCGGGGUUGUGCGCUCCCUGGACGCGCUGGGCUGGGAGGAUCGGCAGCUGGCGCUGGUGAAAGGCCUCCUGGCGGGGAACGUCUUUGACUGGGGGGCCAAAGCCGUGUCUGAUGUCCUUGAAUCCGACCCCUACUUUGGGUUUGAAGAAGCAAAGAGGAAGUUACAAGAAAGACCCUGGCUCGUGGAUUCCUACAGCGAGUGGCUUCGGAGAUUAAAGGGGCCCCCUCAUAAAUGUGCCUUAAUUUUCGCAGAUAACAGUGGAAUAGACAUCAUUUUGGGAGUCUUCCCCUUUGUCAGGGAGCUACUCCUUAGAGGGACAGAGGUCAUCCUGGCGUGCAACUCAGGCCCCGCCCUGAACGACGUGACCCACAGCGAGUCCCUCAUCGUGGCAGAGCGUAUUGCGGGCAUGGACCCUGUCGUGCACUCUGCGCUCCGGGAAGAGAGGCUGCUGCUGGUGCAGACGGGCUCCAGCUCCCCGUGCCUCGACCUCAGCCGCCUGGAUAAGGGGCUGGCCGCACUGGUGAGGGAGCGUGGCGCGGAUCUGGUGGUCAUCGAGGGCAUGGGCCGUGCUGUCCACACCAACUACCACGCAGCCCUGCGCUGCGAGAGCCUCAAGCUGGCCGUCAUCAAGAACACGUGGCUGGCCGAGCGGCUGGGCGGCCGGCUCUUCAGCGUCAUCUUCAAGUACGAGGUCCCGGCCGAGUGAGGCACUGCGGCUGCCGGACUCUUCUGCUUGUCACUUGUCAGGAAUGUAUUUUUACCACCACAGGGAAACUGCGUUCAAAUCAACGUAUUUAUAUGGUACUGCUGUGACACGGCACAUACGCCCCAGCCGCACAGAUGCGUGUGAUCCAGAGGCAAGACGCAGCUUUGUCCUGGGAGACGUUCGUAUUGGAAUCUAUUUAACUGCUAAAGAACCUUUUAUAUAUAUAUAUAUAUAAAUAGAGAGAUCUAUACAGGUAUGUCUGACGGGACGCAGCACCGUGGGCACGCACCAAAUAGAGUUUUUAAAAGAG